AUGCCCUCCAGGCUCGAGCCCGGCACCAUCGCCAAUGUCACGAAGUGCAUGAGUCGGUCUAAAUUGACAAAACCGGAAUUAAGGCUGGGUUCAGGCCUGUCACUAUCUCGAUCCAGUCGCCUUGCGCACACCAACAGAGGAGCACGACAUAGUGCUGCGUCAGCUUCAUCCUCGAGCUGUGAGCUUCACCACGUCCUUACCCAGGACCGCACCAAAAGCAGGACGGGAGACGUGAGAGGCAUACCUAAUUCGACGAGUUUAUUAUCAGACCCGCCGGGUGCUCCAAUUGCAUCCCAGGAACCCAACUUCAAGUCCUUUCAUGCGCAACCCCAACCUUACGGUCGCCGCAUCACCAGACCAGCACCCACGAUGACGAGCUACAUGCCUUUGCGCUCUCUUUCCCAGACGAGGGCGAUGUCAGCCACUACGACCGACGAUGAGCUGAGCUGUAGCUCCAGCGCCUCGGACUCUGAGGCCGUCUCAGCCCAGCUCUCCCGCGAGGUUGAGACGGCCGACGCUGUUCCUAGGGAGGACAGUCCCAGCAGAAUGUCCGUGACCGCAAGCCCUCCGAGCCCCCCGCCGCCAAUUACACCCAGGGCGUAUCAGCUCGAGAUGCUGGAGGAGAGUUUGAAGCAGAAUGUUAUCGUAGCGAUGGACACUGGGAGCGGCAAGACACAGGUGGCUAUUCUCCGCAUACAAUACGAGCUCGAACGCAGCGAUAAGGUCGUCUGGUUCCUUGCCCCGACAGUGCCUCUCUGCCACCAACAGCAUGUUGUUAUCCAGACCCAACUCCCCGCGGUGACAACCCGCCUGAUCUGCGGCGAUGACGACAUCGAGACGUGGUCCGCCAUUCCCGGCGUCUGGGACGGCGUGCUCAAACACACCCGGGUCAUCGUCUCGACCUACCAAAUCCUCUUCGAUGCUGUCGCCCACGCUCUGGUACCGCUCUCAGCGCUGUCACUCAUAGUCAUCGACGAGGCGCACCACUGUAUCAAGAUGAACCCCGUCUCCAGGGUGAUGAAGGAACACUAUGCUCCACUGAAAGCAAAAGGAGCGCAGGUUCCGGCCGUUCUGGGACUGACGGCGAGCCCCGUGAUGAGGACUAACCCCGCUGAUCUGGAAAAACUGGAGCAGACGCUGUUCGCGGUGUGUAAGACGCCGAGUCGGCACCGGGCAGAGUUGAUGCAGAUGGUGACCAAGCCUGACUUGGUGACUGUUACAUACCCGGGGGAUCCGCAAGGGCAAGUGCCAGAACCUCCCGUGCUGGGCAGGCUGAUCGCUGCGUACCGGGGGAUGCAGCUCGCGCAGGAUCCAUAUAUCCAGCAUCUGGUCAUGGACGGCAGCCAGCGCAGCCGGGCGAAGCUGCAAAAGGUAGUGAGCAAGAGGAAGACUCGGAGCAUGGAGCAUAUGUAUGCGCUCUGUAUCCGCACCAAGGACAUGCUCCAACGUUUGGGACCUUGGGCAGCAGAGUACUACAUUCACGAAGUCAUUUCGGCGUUUUUCGACGACCCGGAGGCUUCAACUGGCCCCUUGGAUGAAGAAGAAGUGGAGUUAUAUAACCCCAUCUUCGAGUACAACCUCCAGGUGCAAGAACGCCGCUACAUCUCAUCCAUCCUCUCCCAAGUCAAUGCCCAGCCCCCGGCGACAACCGACCAAGGACCUUCUCCCCUAUCACCAAAAAUUCUCGCCCUGCUGGACGUUCUCGAGUCCUUCGCCAAAGACGACCCUUCCCGCAAACCCGUCGGCAUCAUCUUCGUCCGGGAACGUGCCACCGCCGCGGUAUUGUCCCAUAUUCUCUCCAUCCAUCCCCGGACAGCACCCCACUACCGCGUUGCCUGCAUGGUCGGCGGGACAACCCGUGUCCCUGGCUCCGGAGGCGGCAGCCGCAGUAACAAGCGUCGGGAAUACAUCGACUUAAUAAAGAAGGGCAAGGACGACGGGCUGGAAGCGCUGCAGGCAUUCCGGCAGGGCGAGGUCAACCUCGUUGUUGCGACGAGCGUCUUGGAGGAAGGGAUCGACGUGCCCGCAUGUAAUCUGGUGGUGUGCUUUGAUGUGCCGGAGAAUCUGAAGAGUUUUAUACAGAGACGGGGCAGGGCGAGGAUGGGGGUUAGUAAGCUGGUGCUGAUGGUGCCGGAAGGGGAGCAGGCGAAGGGAUGGGAUGAACGGGAACGGGAGAUGAAGGAGAUGUACGAGGAUGACAUGCGGGUUGUGAGGAUUGUGGAAGAGAUCGAGAAUGGGAUCGUCGUGGAGACGGAGAAAGAGGACGAGUAUCCGGUCUUAAGAGAUCCUGAGACCGGGGCGCAGGUGACUCUGCACGACGCCAAAGCCCAUCUGGAGCACUUUUGCGGAACGCUGAGGUCUUCAACAAGCGCGUUUACCGAGCUACGCCCGUUCUACAUCCUCCACGGCGAACACGGCCAGUCCGUGAACACGUUCGCUCCCGUUCCGCUGAGAGCGACGGUCCAUCUGCCGGUCGUGCUUCCACCAGAACUCAGACGCAUCGAAGGGAUCAGGUCGUGGUUGAGCGAGGCGGAUGCGUGUCGCGACGCGGCCUUCCAGGCGUACCAGAAGCUGUACGAGGCUGGCCUUGUGGGGAAGCAUUUGCUGCCGAUCCGGGAGGAAUCGGUGUUUGGCGAGCUGGAAAGCAGAGAUGGGCUCGCGAAUGUCAAGGACGUGAUGGAUCCUUGGGUGGCCGUUGCCCAGGCGUGGAGGCAGAGCAAGAAGUUGUGGAAGAGGGGGAUGACGCUGACAAGGGUCAGGGAUGGCGAACAGAUUCGGUGGGAGGUCGUCCUGCCUGUGGAGGUGCCGCGGAUGGAGAAGUUCUUCAUGUUUUAUGAUAAAGAGACUUCGUGGGAGGUAACGAUGGAUCAGGACCAGGAGGCCAUCGACCGCCCGGAGGACACCCAGACAGAGCCGGACGAUACCCCGGCGCUGCUAUCUCUUGCCUUUUCCCAUCGUUUUCGGAUCCUCGGCAAGGGAGAGUACGUCCUGCGGCUGCUCUGCCCCUCUCUGCCGUCCUCCUUGACAUUCCAGGGGCGAGUCACGGAGAGACUCCUCAAGCGCCAUCCAGACCAUCUCCUGCGGUGGGUGCACGAUAGGAACUACCCCUUCGGCGACCAUACAUUCUUGCCGCCGCGGGAGCCAGAGAACGAGCCGCAAGUGGGAAUGCGGAAAGUGCUGCCGCACAAAGCUGGCUUUUUUCGCAAGAAUUCCGCGCCUGACGCGAUGCCCGUCUCGAUGGGGCAGAAUGGAGAGCCGAAGUUCGACCGGAUUGUGCCCCUGCGAGAGGUCGUGAUGGACGCGGUGCCGGCGAAGUAUGCCGAGGCUGCGCUGAUGAUCCCGGCCUUGCUGGUCGUGCUGGGGGACCACUUGCUGGCGAGGGAUCUGUUGACAGAGAGGUUGAGGGAGAAGACGGGGAUGGGGGGGGAUGAUUUGGGAAAUGUGGUCAGGGCGUUGUGGGCGUCCGGGGCUCAGAGGCCAGGAGAUUAUGAGAAUAUGGAGUUCUUGGGGGAUGCCUUACUCAAGUUUCUUACGACGGUGAAUUGCGAGGCAAAGUACCUGACAUAUCCGGAAGGCUUUCUCUCCCCCAUCAAGGACCGCAUCGUUUCCAACAUGCGCUUCUUCCGCGCCGCCGUCGGCUUUGGCCUUGACCGGUACAUCAUCGAUGCGAAAAUGGUCCAGAAGCGCUGGCGCCCCCCGACCAUCUCCUCCAUCCUGGGCCGCCCGCCCUCCGUCACAGCGCCGCGCCAGCUCUCUACCAAGACGGUCGCCGAUGUCGUCGAGGCCCUGGUUGGCGCCGCUUAUCUUUCCGGCGGCACGGACCGCGCCCUGACCUGCGUCCCGCUCUUCUUGCCCGAUGUGCCCAUCGACUGGCUGCCCGUCGGCCGGUGUCGUGAUAUUUUGUUUAAUCACGCCGCAGCGGACGACCCGCUGCCUAAGACGAUGCGUCGGAUUGAGGAGCAGCUUUUGGGGUAUGAGUUCAAGAAGAAGUCGCUGCUGGUUGAGGCCCUGACACAUUCCUCUUGCCCAGCCGGCCCGGGGGUCAGGGGCUCGCUGGAUCGGUUGGAGCUGUUGGGCGAUGCGCUGCUGGAUUUUUUGGUUGCGACCAAGCUGUAUGAGCUGUAUAAGUGCAAUGUGGACGGGCAGCAGCAGAUGGUCGUGCCGUAUAUUUUACAUAUUAUGAAGAGCGCGCUCGUUAACCAGGAUAUUAUGGCCGUGCUGAUCCUCGAGGAAUGGACCAUCCUCCAGGAGGAGCUGGAUAUCAUCGCGCCGCCCUCUCCUAGCUCGUCCCAAGGGUCUGAGACCGCGAUAUCUGAGGGUAACGGUGAACACUCGGGCGGGGUGACCCUCCGCACCCGCCACGUCCGCGUCCCCCUAACCGCCUUCCUCCGCCACAACACCAUUCAGCUCUCCCGCUUCAUGAACGACACCACCCGCCGGUACGCCGCCAUGCGCCACGAAGUGCAGCACGCCCUUACUCACGGCGACCGCUACCCUUGGCGACUAAUUUCCCAGCUUCGCGCGCCAAAAGUCUUCUCCGACGUCUUCGAGGCCGUACUCGCCGCCGUGUGGGUCGACUCAGGGGACAUGGAUGUCUGUCGCCGGGUGUUAGAAAGAGUUGGACUGGACCGCCUGAUGAAGAGGAUUGUAGAGCUGGGCCCGAUGGGAGUGUUGCAUCCGCGGGAGGAGCUGAAUGUACUGACUUCAAAGAUGAGGACUUUGGGGAGGAGUGUGGGGUAUGAGGUGUUUGAGUGCGAGCGGGAGGAGGGUUCGGAAGGGGAGGAGAGCGUCAUGGAAGAGGGGAAGAAGAAGGACAAGGACAGCAAGAGGAGGUUUGGGUGUCGGUAUUUGGUGGAUGGGACGGUUAUUGCUGAGGUGAGGGGGACUAGGUCGAAGGAUGAGGCGAGGACGUGGGUGGCCGAGGAGGCGUGUAGGAUUUUAAGGAGGGAGCCGUAUUGGCUGUCUGUAGAAGAAGGAGCUUGA